GCCCCCGCCUCCCCCUGCUCCACUCAAUUGCGUGCGCGGUGCGCCCUCGCCUGUCCCCGCGUCCCCGCCCCUGUCUCCUGAAGUCGUCCGCGACCGCCGCCAUGCUCCCCUCGCCCCGUGCCGCAUCCGUCGUGAUAGGGAUCCGAGAACACCCCAUGGAUGUGUCCGGGAUUCGAGGCCUCUCCCGUCCCUUCCCCUCCCCCACCCCCAUCGGCGAUGCCCGGAUCCGCGACCACCGCCGUCCAACCCCGGCCUCCGUCUGUGACCGCUCCGUGGUGGCGCAAGCGCUGGAGGCAUCCACAGGGGGCUACCGACGGCUGGGACGGGUUCGUGCUCACCACCGACGGCUGGGACGUCCAUCGGGGGACCUUCCCGGCAUGGAUGGUGUCUUCGCAAGGAAACGACAGCUCGCUGGUGCUGCUGAACACCCGUCCGGGUCCGGCUGCGGACGGCGCAGGCAUGGCGGAGCACCUGCAGCUGCACCUGGGGCAGGUGAGCUUACGGAGCUGGUCGAGUUUCGCUGGCUACUGGGUGGCCCGCUGGACCUUCCCAUCCGACUGCAGAUCCAGCGCCUUCUUCUGCGUCCGUUUCGGCAUUUGCACCAGCGUCGGCACGUGUGCCUGCGUCGACGAAUUCGAGCCUUCGAAACCCUGCGAGUGGCAGCGCGGGUACUUUGUGGACGGGUGCACCACCAGGUCUCACCCGCUGAGCUGCACCGCAGACGAUAGUGGCCGCCGCCCGACGACGGAGCAGGACGACUCGUUUCUGCUCCUGGACAACCUGCGAGGGCUCCCUUACAGUUCCAUCCCACAGCGAAGGGCCACGGCUGGCCGCGCUUCUUCACGGCGGCCGCGGCGUGGGGAGGCAUCAGCUGGAUCUGGUGAUGGAUGAAGAGCGGAGGGGCCCGACGCCGCGUCCUCUGCUCCUCGCCACCGGACUGCCUCGCUUUCUACGGCAACAUUAUUGCCAAGAACAUUUUUGAUGAUGUACUGCAUUCCAUAGCAGCAGCAUUGUCCGUAGCAGAUGAUGGCAAUUCACUGCUAGCACUAGCUGAAGCUUCCUUAACUUGAGUGGGAAUAUCAAUCUUAACUGAAGGUCUGAUUGCUCGAAUUGGAGCUGCCAGUGAUUCCUUUUGGCCUUGGGUUUGCGCAUCCUUCAACUAAAUCGGUAUGGCAACUGUUAGUGAUCCACAAGAGGCUAGCGUUAUGUAUCAUAAUUUACUAGGACAGAAAUCACAGGAGAAGUUGAGCUCUUCCUUGGUUGGUAUUGUACAUCCUUUACCUGAAAAGGGAUCACAGAUGGAACUGCUUCCUUCCUUGAUUGAUCUUGCCUGGCCGUGUGCGCCGUGGAGGGCAGGCCGGAGUCUUGGACGAUGCUGGCUGUGGCGGGCGUCGACAUGGAAGGUGCUGUGUCUGACCGAUCUCUGAUGUUCUUCUUUUAAUCGAUUUUUUGUUUUAUUAAAUAGCCAAAAGGCAGUUUAACG